AAUUUCAGACUUUGUUUCAUAUAUGAAAAAAAAAGAAGAAUGGACAAAAAGGAAGUCCGACUUGAUGAUGUGCAAUUGGGGACAGUCCUUGUUAGAGAUCACCUACUAGCGGAGUCACCACCACCUUCAUUAUCAUCAUCCUCAACGGGAACCCUUCUUGUUCAUCCACCCAAAUUACUAACAGAAGUGCAUCGCCAGGAAUGUACUGAAUUACCUCGACAAGAGUGUCCGUCAACGACAACCCUUCCCAUGCAUUUAUUGCAACAGUAUCGGGAUGAGGAGAAGGUUCCGAUGUUCCUCGUGAAAAUGUGGAAUAUCCUAGAAGAUCCGGAAUUUCAAAAUAUAAUAUGCUGGGAUAAGAGCGGGUACAGUUUCCAUGUUUUGGAUCCACAUCUGUUUUGCCGAGUAGUCUUGCCGCAGUUUUUCAAACACAACAAUUUGAAUAGUCUCAUACGCCAGCUGAACAUGUAUGGUUUCCGAAAAAUGACGCCUAUCGAGAAAUCAAGUUUGGCACGGUCUGAGAGUGAUCAGGACCAUUUGGAAUUUUCUCAUCCGUAUUUCAUCCAACAUCAUCCUGAAUUAUUAGUUAACAUCAAACGCAAAACUCCGGGUAAUCGAAACAACGAGAAUAACUCAGUAGCUAUGCCCCCAAAAGAAAUAAGUGUCCUUGUGGAUGAAAUACGACAAUUGCGUGAAAAGCAGCGGACAAUGGAAAGUAAAAUGGCACAUCUUGUGAAGGAGAAUGAAGCAAUGUGGCAGCAAGUAUCACAUCUUCGAAAUCAGCAUGUCAAACAACAGCAUGUUGUCAACAAACUGGUCCAGUUUCUAGUAGCACUCGUACAACCCUCACAAAAACGUCUUGGGAAACGAAAUUUAUUGGCAAUCGACGAAAUUGGUGUCAAACGUGCACGACUGGCUAGUACUUCUACGCAGCCUGGGCAACCAAAUAAUCUUGCAGAAAUUAUUGAUCGAUUGCAUCGCGAAAUCUCCGAUAAUACAAACGGUCAAACGAAGCAAAAUUUGAAUACAUUUAGCGCACACUCCAAUGAGGGCCCAAUUAUUGCGGAUGUUACCGACGAGCCGGAAAAUGGUGUUGUUGUAGGGCCGACUGAGCCAGCAGCAGUGGUUCCAAUGAUAACUGCUGCACACUUGCAGUCUGCUACUUCUAAUUUAUCUCAGGUUCCAGCUAAAACUCCUAUAUCACUCAAUCCGAUCUCGUUGUCCCCGUCUUUGGACAGACAAAUAUCCGAAGAAUUAGCUGAGUAUUUGAGUGGACAGGAGCACACUAUUGAUAGCUGUCGUGAUCUGCUUGGAACCUGCUGGGAUACUAUGCUGACCGAUGAACUGGAAGAUGAUGAAUCAGCUGAAAGACAACCUCUUAUGCUGGAAGGUGGUGAUCCAAUGUUGGCAAUGGAUGAAGUACCAAACACUCCAGAUUUACUGACACCACUGGCAAGCCCUUCCCAUGGUAAUGCUUAAAAAAAUCAUCAGGUAGUUAAAAUUCUUUAGACUCUCUGGAUUUCUUUAUUAGCAGUAAUCGCUAAAACAGUGUUUAAGAAAUUACAAAAAUCGACCAGUAUUACUGGUGACAGUAUAUUUUGUACAACAGUAGUGUUAGGCAACAAAAACUGA